ACAAAUUUUCUUCCUCUCACUUGAAUAUUUGUGUUGUUGUGUCUUUGGCUUCAAGUUCAGUUUGGCACAGAAGUCUAAUUGGUCCUUGAAUUCUUUUAUUUGGUAACUAUAACCUGGCUGAGGUCCAGAAUUGCUUAUUUAUUGAGGUCUCUGUGUUGAUUUGUUGCGAGUAACAAUAUGUUGGACAUGCUUGAGUACAGUCAUUACCAGGUGCAGACUCAUUUGGAGAGCUCCAAUAAAUACCACCUCCAGCAGAGUCCAAGGCAGCAGGUGAAGCACUAUCUGCCCAGCACACUUGGGGCUAAGCUCAGCCCUCCAUUAAACAGCCAGCAUCCGGAGCACGGCAUGCCCCCCGGCCCCGGAGCCAGCGCCCCCAACAGCCCUAUGGCCCUGCUCACCCUCACUAACAACUGCGAGAAAGAGAUGGACGACGUCAUUGAAGACAUUAUCAGUUUGGAGUCGAGUUACAACGAUGACAUCCUUGGAUUAAUGGACGCAGGACUUCAAAUACCAAAUACGAUCCCUGUUUCUGCAAAUCUCCUUGACAUCUAUAAUAAUCAUGGACUUCCUCCUGCUGGAGUCUCCAUUGGGAAUUCCUGCCCGUCUAGUUUACCCAGCGUCAAAAGGGAAUUCUCAGCUCCUGACAUGAUGCACGUGGACCCACCUGGACCAUGUGGCAAGUUUGACUCUUAUCAGAGGCCCGAAGGCCUUCCAGUAGAAGCAGAAGUCAGAGCUUUGGCAAAAGAAAGGCAAAAGAAAGACAACCACAACUUGAUUGAACGAAGACGACGCUUUAACAUAAAUGACAGAAUUAAAGAACUUGGGACCUUAAUUCCCAAAUCUAAUGAUCCAGACAUGAGGUGGAAUAAAGGAACUAUUCUCAAGGCUUCAGUGGACUACAUCAGGAAACUACAGAGAGAGCAGCAGAGAGCGAAAGAGCUGGAGAGCAGACAGAAGAGACUGGAGCACACCAACAGACACCUCCUGCUUCGCAUUCAGGAGCUGGAAAUGCAGGCUCGUGCUCAUGGCCUGGCUGUAGGAGGCUCCUCAGCACUCUGCUCCACUGAGCUGGUGGCCUGCUCCAUCAAGGAAGAACCUGUCAGCUACACAAGCUGCUCGUCUGAGCUGUACGCUCGAUCACACCUCCCCAGCCCGGAUCAUUCCCGGCCCACCACUCUGGACCUCAACAAUGGCACCAUUAGCUACAGUGACAGCACCACAGACGAGGCAGAUGCGGGGUUGUACUCAAGCCACAAAGAACCCACAGCCAAGCUAAACGAAAUGUUUCUGGAGAACACACUGUCACCAGUGGGAACCAGUAACCUGCUGCUAUCCUCAGGUUCCCCGACACACUCCAACGACAGCAGCAGACGAAGCAGCACCAGCACAGAGGAGCAAGACAAGGGCUGUUAGCACUGCUUAAUGAACUUUUAAUAACUCUGUUGGUUUUGUUGUUGGGUUAAUUGUACUGGCAAUACUGGGCUGUUUUCUGUCUAAUGCAAAAUAUUGCAAGAUAUUGUCUAAAUUUUGAUUGCAAAUAUGUCCAGGAUUCUUGACUAGGAAUAUAUUCAAAGAUGUUUCCAUGCAUCCCUAAAGUUAUGUAGGAUUUAAGAUUUGGAGCACAAUUGGGAUUUUGUUUUGAAAUUUGACAUUUUUUAAAUACAAAAAAAGUAUAUAUUUUUUUAUCUAGUGCCUUUCUCACAAGCAGGAUUCUAUUUUAUCCAGGAAUUUAUAUUUAAAAAACUAGAUGGACACUACACACAAAAAAAGACAAAAGAAACAUUACUUAAGCCAUGACACCUCAUCUAAAUGUGUACUUUGCAUUAAUCUGUAUAUUAUUACCAUGUCUGCAAUCUGUCAGAAGUAAAAUGAAAUCAUUCUGAAGUGCUUUUAGUGUCAGUCUAAAUGCCAAAGUAAUAAUAACACUACUAAUAAUACCCCCUUCCACAAAUAUGGUGUUAAAUUUAUUUUAUAUACUGAAAUCAGAGCAAAUCUGAGCAAAUUUUUAGUACCAAAUCCUACAAAAGAAAUAAUUAUUCCAAAACGAUAGAGAUGAUAACUAUAGACUAACAAUAAUAAAUAGAUUAAUUGUAAUAGUAAUCUGUAGUUGGUCAGUUAGAUAUCAACCACUAUAUAUGUAUUUUCAUUUAGUCUUCAGAAAGAACAUGAAUACAUAUACAUAGAGUCACGUGAUUAUAAACUGAAUAUGGACAGAAAUAUUGCUUAUACAAUGUUAUUCAAAUGGUUAUUAGUGGUAUUAAUGGUUAUUAUUUACUAUAUUGUAUUUUCUAUUUUAUUUUUCUUAUAUAAUUUUUUUAAAGGUAAUUACUCCCCAUGAUCUGUUUACAAGGUAAAAGUAUUUGCUCAUUAUUAUUAAUGUUCUCAGUAUUAACUUGUUAUAUGAUUUUAUAUGCUAUAACUACACAAUGUUGUAUCUUUUCUUACCCCAUCAAAGUUACACGCUUAGGAAAAAAGUGCCUCUUUGAAUACUUAAACUGUUUCAGCUUUCUAAAAUGAGUAUAGUCUGAAAAUGUUCCAGAUAGAGAAACACUCUAUUGUAGGCUUCUACUUAAACCCUUUAAGGGUUCCUUCACAAGCACAAUCAAAGAACCCUUAACCCCUGGACCCUUUGGUACUGUUUGGGUCAAAUUCACCCGGGACCUUGUUGAGGUUUUAAAAGCAUUACAAAAUAAAAAGAACAACAAC